AUGGAACAACAACUGGAAAUUAUCCUCAGUUUGGAGUGGUUUGAAAUGGCAAUGCAAUCUUUACAAGAGGACUUAAAAUGGAAUGAAAUCAAGAGUGCAAUAGCUUCUUUCAGUCUGCCUGAUGUUAGUGGUAUGAAUGAUGAAUUAUGUUGGAAAGUAACACUCUCAGGUGAAUUUAUAAUUUCAGCUGCUGUUAACAAAAUCAGAACAAGGGGAGAAAAAGUUCAAUGGUCUAAAUACAUAUGGAAUGCAUUUCUCCAUCCCAGUAUUGCAAGCAAUGUGUGGAAGUUAAUUCAGGGACUUUAUAUUGAUGAUACUAAAAUGGUUAAAAAUGGUUAUGACAUGGUGUCCAGAUGCUGCAUAUGUGAAGAAGAUGAAGAUAGCAUGAGCCAUCUAUUGUGGGAGUGUUUUACAUUAAAAGAGUUGUGGUUUCAAAAAAACAAGAUAUUUUUUGAAGAAAUUAAACCUGAUAUUUCAAAAUUCAAGUGCAAACUGUUGAAGACAAUAGCUGAACAUAGUAUCAGGAUUAAAGGUAGCAAAUUGAAUCAAGAGUAUGAUAACCAGAUUAUAUCUUUCUUCAAGCUGGGGCCAAGAAUUUCCAAAUAUCAGAGCAUUAUAGCUUGUCAGUGGAAUGAACCUGAAUUUGAAUUCACUAUGUUUUGUUGUGAUGGAGCCUCCUUAGGAAAUCCUGGAGCAGUUGGCUUUGGCAUUGUCAUUAGAAAUCAUUCUACUCAGGUUUUUGGUGCAAUUACUGGUGGAUUGGGGAUUGCAACAAAUUAUAUAGCUGAAGUUUAUGCUGUUGUUAAUGCAGCUGAAUUGGUUGUGGACUGGAAAUUGCAAAAUAUUAUCAUAAAAUCUUAUUCCAAGACAGUAUCUGAUCAAUUUGAACAGGAUCAAAUUCCCUGGUUUGUUAGAACAAGGUGGAGGAAUGCAACUAAAAGGAUUUCAGUAAUCAGACUUGCCCACAGUUUCAGAGAAAUCAACUUCUCUGCAGAUUGUGCUGCUAAAAAGGGAGCUUCUUUACAGGCAGGAGAAAGAAAUAUAUAUUCGGUAGACCUUUUUGCUGCAGAAGAUUCAAACAUUGGAGCUAGGCCUGAUGCGCUGAAAUGGGAUGUGAUGUUGAGUGUUGCAGUGAUGAUUGCAGUGACAUGGUCUUGUAGUGAAUAUGGAAGUAGAUUGAAUGCGGAUGAGCUGAGAAGGAGAGCCACUUACAGUGAAGCAGUAAUUGGAUAA